AUGUAUUAUAACUUACCUCUUUGUUUUGCCCAGUUCUAUUAUCAUACACUUCAUUUUCUUCCUUUCUAUCAUAUUUUACACUUCAUUGUUUUUUGUGGUGGUGGGGGCGACUAUUUUAAACGAAUAAAGUCAAAAGCAGAAAGGUUUUCUUUUUCGAGCUCCUUUUUAUUUUCGUUUUUAUCACUUCCUCUUUCUUUCCACUUCUGUUUUCGUCUUCUUUUUUUCAAAUUUUACUUCCCCCUCCAUUUUUCUUUCUGUUUCUUUCAUCUUUCUUUUUUUUUCUUUUUCUUUCCUCUUCCUUUUUUCUUUUUCUUUCCUCUUCCUUUUUUCGUUUUCUUUCCUUUUCUUUUUUCGUUUUCUUUUCUCUUCUUUUUUCUUUUUCUUUCCUCUUCCUUUUUUUCGUUUUCUUUUCUCUUCUUUUUUCUUUUUCUUUCCUCUUCCUUUUUUCAUUUUCUUUAUCGAUCUGUUGCUUUCCUCUUCCAUUUCUUUUUCUUCUUAUUUUUCUUCUUUUAUAACAUUUUUUUUUUUUGCUUAUUUCAUUCCCUUUUCUUUUUCCUUUUUUGGUUUAACAUUUCUUUUCUUUUCCUUCCCUCUAUUCUUCUUUUGCUCUCUACGUUAUUCUUUUCUUCGUUUUUUUCUUUUUAUGUCAACUUACUUUAUGUUUUCCCCCUUCUUUCUUUAUUUUUCCUAUUUUUUUUUAUCUACACUAUUCAUUUUUUUUUCCUUUUUUUCUUUUUAUUUCAUUUCUUUUUUCUUCUUUUUUUCCCUCCUCUCUUUUUGUCUUAUCUUCAUUUUUUUCUUUAUUAUUACCUUUUCUUUCACCUUUCUAAUUCUUUUCUUUUUUUGAUUUACUUUUUCUUUGGUCUUUCUUUUUCCGACGUUUUUUCUUUUCUUUUUCUUCCUUUUGUCAUUUCUUCCAUUCCCAAAGCAAUAUCAAGUCAAUUCCGACAUGACUAUCUGCUUUAA